UUGGGUAGAAGCAGCAGAAUUGAAAUCGCACGAGAGAAAUGCAGCUGUAAAAGCAAGAAAAAUGUCAAGUGCCCUUAAAAAUUAUGACUAGGAGAGUGUGUGGAAGGGCUAUGUCACCUAUAAAGAUUUGCAAUUCAGAGUCGCCAUGGAAGUGUUUGACGUGAAUAAACUGACCGAUUUUAUGAAGUCCGUUAUGCCUUUGUCAUUAGAAGUGGUAGGCAACAUCGAUAAAUCAGAAAUAGUUUGGAACUACUUGAAGAAAGUCAAAGAAACGAUCGACACAGAAGUUAUUUUUCUGCAAUGCACUCCUACGUCAUAUGCUGUCUGGAACAUGUACCUGGCGUUCUGCAAAGCUUGCCAAGAUAUGGGCAUUGCCUUCUUAGGAGGUGUUUCAAGCCCUAUCAAGAAUUUGUAUCUCUUUCCCAUUUUGAAAGGCAGGCCCAUUCCAAAGGAAUUGGUAUCUUUAUCUUCCGGCAUCAAUUGUAAUUAAUAUUUAGAAGGGUUAUUGAAAGAAAUUGGAAAUAGUAUGCCUUGUAUUUACAGUGUUGGAGAACCGGGCUUCAAGUUUAUUAUUGGGAAUUUUGGUCAUGUGCAAGGGGCAACACAAAUUAUAUGAAAAUAGUCGGCCCCAAAAUGUGAUUCCAAUGGAUAAGAAAACUGGACAGUCUUCUUCGAACCAGCCGCUUAAUCGUGCAGUUGUUAACAUCCGUCAACAAGUCAAGCAGAAGUAGGACAUUCUUCGUGUUAAUCCAAUCAAAACCAAACCUGAUUCAUCUCAACAAGAAGCAACUCCACCCAAGGUUGCAAAAACAAGAAACUCCGAGUCUACUACCAGGGCGUUAGCAAGAUUUGCAUUGAAGGAGGCAAUG